AUGUCUGAAUAUUCCCCAACGGAGCGACGAAUCCUUGACACAUUUUAUCAGAACCGACCGACAAGUGUGAUAAAGUCAUAUUGGCACAGUCAGUUGCGUUCAUCAAGAGUACCAAUGGAUACAUUGGCAGCAUCACCAUACAAGGAUCGUGGUGGGAGUGCCGCUGGUAUUGCUUCUUCAGAUUCUACAUCUGCUUUAGCAUCUACUCAAAAGACUCCUUCAUCAGCGAAAAGUGGCGGUUUAACAGAUAUCUCCUCACGUGGUUUAUCAAGCCUUACGUCAAGUCGUACUACUUCAUUCACUCGUACUUCAUCAUCUCUACGUAGGCGGUUAAAGGAUAUUACUGGAUCAGGAGAACGUAGUGGAGUAAUAAACCAUCGGGAACGUUUCGGUACUUUGGCUAAACCUUUAUUCCAGAAUUACUUAUUACCACAGUUUGAGGCACAUGAGACGUGUCCAACACUAACAGUCGUGUUUGAUCUUGAUGAAACUCUCGUCUGUAAUAGAGACAUGAAUCUUUCUGCUGCCAUUCUGCGUCCGUAUUGUUUACAUGUACUUAAUGCUCUUCGUCACAUGAAAGGUUUGGAAGUUGUAUUGUGGACAGCAUCCACUAAGGAAACGGCAUCACCUGUGGUAGAACAGUUAAGUGGAAGUGGACCUGUAUUUGAUGAAGUCAUAUAUCGCAGUGACCUUUGGUUUACAGAACCAUUACAUACAAAAGAUUUGCGAUUACUUGGACGUGAUAUGGAUCGUUUGUUGAUUAUUGAUAACGCUGCAAAUUGCUGCAAACUUAAUCCACAAAACGCUCUCUUGGCAGAAGACUUCCACGGACUGCGACGUGAAGAUGAUGCGACAUUGGUGAAUGUGUACUAUAUUAUAGAGCGUGUCCUUAAAAGAUGUCAGGAAGGUAUUGCCGUAAAGGACGCCAUUAGAAAACUUUCAACAGAGGGAUUUCUCUGUUCCUCCAUUAUAUUGGAACUUCCAGAGGCGUGGAAAAAACUCCCACUACGUGAAAUUGCACCGUUAAAAGUUCCACCGCAUGGACGUUUCACACGUGCUCAUCGUGAACCAUUGGGAGAUCCUGUCAUGAAAUACUGGACAAUGUAG